GCCGCUGAGAGGCUCACGGAUCCCAGUGGCCCUCAGCUGCCGGCGCCACGCCCUGCCUCCCCCUGCAGGGCCCCAGACCAAGGCUGGGAGGAGGAAGGGACCCUUGACAUCCCGAUCUCCACCAAGGUUCCAGCCCGACCAAGCAGCCUCUUAGCCUGAGGAUGACCUCGCCCUCCAGCCCUCCAGCUUUUAGGCUGGAGACGUCCGAUGGGGGUCAAGAAGAUGGCGCUGAGGACAGAGGAAAGCAGGGCUUUGGGGGUGGGCCACCCCCCAUGGAGUCGCCAUUUCAGGGCGAGGACCGGAACUUCCCCACUAAGAUCAAAGUGAACCUCAACUACCGGCAGGGAGCAGGUGCCAGCCAGCCAGACUCAAACCGCUUUGACCGUGACCGGCUCUUCAGUGUGGUCUCCCGGGGUGUCCCCGAGGAUCUGGAUGGACUACAGGAGUACCUGCGCCGGACCAGCAAGUACCUCACCGACUCAGAGUACACAGAGGGCUCCACAGGGAAGACGUGCCUGAUGAAGGCCGUGCUGAAUCUUCAGGAUGGGGUCAACGCCUGCAUCCCGCGGCUGCUGCAGAUCGACCGGGACUCAGGCAAUCCGCGGCCCCUGGUCAAUGCCCAGUGUACAGAUGAGUACUACCGAGGCCACAGUGCCUUGCACAUUGCCAUUGAGAAGAGGAGCCUGCAGUGUGUGAUGCUCCUGGUGGAGAACGGAGCUGAUGUGCAUGCCCGGGCCUGUGGCCACUUCUUCCAGAAGAGUAAAGGGACUUGCUUCUAUUUCGGCGAGCUGCCCCUCUCUCUGGCCGUGUGCACCAAGCAGUGGGAUGUGGUGAGCUACCUCCUGGAGAACCCGCACCAGCGCGCCAGCCUGCAGGCCACCGACUCCCUGGGCAACACGGCCCUGCACGCCCUGGUGAUGAUUGCAGACAACUCACCUGAGAACAGUGCACUGGUGAUCCCCAUGUAUGACAGGCUCCUCCAAGCUGGGGCCCGCCUCUGCUCCCAAGUGCAGCUCGAGGACAUCCCCAACCUGGAGGGCCUCACACCCCUGAAGCUGGCUGCCAAGGAGGGCAAAAUCGAGAUUUUCAGGCACAUCCUGCAGCGAGAGUUCUCAGGACCAUGCCAGCCUCUUUCCCGAAAGUUCACCGAGUGGUGCUACGGGCCUGUCCGGGUGUCCCUGUACGACCUGGCCUCUGUGGACAGCUGUGAGGAGAACUCAGUGCUGGAGAUCAUUGCCUUUCAUUGCAGGACCCCGCACCGACACCGAAUGGUAGUCUUGGAGCCCCUGAACAAACUGCUGCAGGCGAAAUGGGAUCUGCUCAUCCCCAGGUUCUUCUUCAACUUCCUGUGUUAUCUGAUCUACAUGCUCAUCUUCACAGCUGUUGCCUACCACCAGCCUGCCCUGGAGAAGGCCUUUCUCCCCCUGAAGCCCACGGCAGGAAACUCCAUGCUGCUGCUCGGCCACAUCCUGAUCCUGCUAGGGGGGGUCUACCUCCUCCUGGGCCAGCUGUGGUACUUCUGGCGGCGCCGCCUGUUCAUCUGGACCUCCUUCAUGGAUAGCUACUUUGAAAUCCUCUUCCUGGUCCAGGCCCUGCUCACAGUGCUGUCCCAGGUGCUGUGUUUCCUGGCCAUCGAGUGGUACCUGCCCCUGCUUGUGUCCUCGCUGGUGCUGGGCUGGCUGAACCUGCUUUACUAUACCCGUGGCUUCCAACACACAGGCAUCUACAGCGUCAUGAUCCAGAAGGUCAUCCUGCGGGACCUGCUCCGCUUCCUUCUGGUCUACUUGAUCUUCCUUUUUGGCUUCGCUGUAGCCCUGGUAAGCCUGAGCCGGGAGGCCUGGGUCCCUGGAGCCCCUGCAGGCCCCAAUACCACGGUGGCGCAGCCUGUGGCUGGACAGGAGGAUGAGGAGGGCAGUGGGACCCCGUACCGGGGCAUCCUGGACGCCUCCUUGGAGCUCUUCAAAUUCACCAUCGGCAUGGGCGAGCUGGCCUUCCAGGAGCAGCUGCGCUUCCGCGGGGUGGUGCUGCUGCUGCUGCUGGCCUACGUGCUGCUCACCUACGUGCUGCUGCUGAACAUGCUCAUCGCCCUCAUGAGCGAGACCGUCAACAGCGUCGCCACCGACAGCUGGAGCAUCUGGAAGCUGCAGAAAGCCAUUGCUGUCCUGGAGAUGGAGAACGGCUACUGGUGGUGCAGGAGGAAGAAGCAGCGGGCGGGCGUGAUGCUGACUGUGGGCACCCGGCCAGAUGGCAGCCCCGAUGAGCGCUGGUGCUUCAGGGUGGAGGAGGUGAACUGGGCUGCGUGGGAGCAGACGCUGCCUACACUGUGUGAGGAGCCGUCGGGAGCAGGUGUCCCUGGUGUGAUGAGGGACCUCACUUUGGCCUCCCGACCUGGGCAGGCUGGUGCCUUGGAGGAAGACCACGUGCCCCUCCAGCCUCUCCAGUCUCACUGAUGGCCUAGACGCAGCAGGACGCCAGCAAGACCGAGCAGGGAUUCUUCUAGUCACACCUGCAGACUCUGGGGGCCCAGUGAAUUUUGGUGUCAAAUAUAAAUAUUUUUUUCACAACUAACUC